UGAGAGGCUCCCGGUUCGUGGCCUGCUUCGGGCUGGAUACGACCUGUUUCGUCAGCGAAUGAGCGAAAGGCGAAUCCCUCACGUCGGAAAAUGAUAGCGGAUGGUGUUCUAACAGUGAAUACAGUGAACCAUAAUUAUAUCCAACAAGUAUCAAAUUUUCAUACGUGUGAAAUCAGUUUUUUCCAUCAUAAAAAAAUACAGUUCCAGUGCCACAUGAGGGAUCAUGAGCAAAAUGACAAGCCUCAUCGAUGUGACCAAUGUCCGAUGUCAUUUAAUGUUGAAUUCAACCUCACACUACAUAAAUGUACGCACAAUGGAGAAGAUCCUACCUGUCCUGUGUGCAACAAAAAAUUCUCCAGAGUGGCUAGUCUUAAAGCUCAUAUUAUGCUUCAUGAAAAGGAAGAGAAUCUUAUCUGCUCAGAAUGUGGAGAUGAAUUUACUUUGCAGAGCCAGUUGGCCCUGCAUAUGGAAGAACAUCGUCAGGAAUUGUCUGGAAGCAGGGUCCAUAUCUGUAAAACCUGUAAGAAAGAGGUUGAAACAUCUUCCCAGUUAAAAGAGCAUGUGAAGACCCAUUACAAAAUAAGGGUAUCAAAUACAAGAUCAUACAACAGAAACAUUGACAGAAGUGGAUUUACAUAUUCAUGCCCACACUGUGGAAAAACUUUCCAGAAGCCAAGUCAGUUGACACGACAUGUUAGAAUACACACAGGUGAACGGCCAUUUAAAUGUAGUGAAUGUGGAAAAGCAUUUAAUCAGAAAGGGGCAUUGCAAACUCAUAUGAUCAAACACACGGGUGAAAAACCCCAUGCCUGUGCCUUUUGUCCUGCAGCCUUCUCUCAGAAAGGCAAUCUUCAGUCACAUAUUCAAAGAGUACACUCAGAGGUGAAGAAUGGCCCGACAUAUAACUGUACAGAGUGUAGUUGUAUCUUUAAAAGUUUAGGCAGCUUAAAUACUCAUAUCAGCAAGAUGCAUAUGAGUAGCACACAAAACACAAGUUCUGCUACGGAAACGUCACACAUUACAACGGAUUCUGUGGCUCAGCCACUAACAUUAUCAUCUGUUAAUUUGUUGCAGCCUGUUGAUAAUAAAUGGAAGAAUACAGACAAUCCAGUAACUUCAACUGCAGGACAUCAAGGCCAGCAAUCUGUAACUGAUGUUAUUCAGCAGCUCCUUGAGUUGUCCGAGCCAGUGGAAAAUAAUCAGCCCCAGCAGUCUGGUCAGCAACUCAGUAUGGCUGUGGGAAUCAACAGAGACAUUCUGCAGCAAGCCUUGGAAAACAGUGGGCUCUCUUCAAUCCCUGUGUCAGCAAAUGCUGACUGCAGUGAAAGUAAAGCGCCUUCAGGACAUGAUGAAAAUGCGGAUGUUCAGAAUAUCUCCGGUCAUCAAGUUGACUCUAGCAAUACAGAACAAGUUAAAGAGCAAGAGAAUACUGAUAAAGUAGAGAAAAAAGAAAGACGAAUUCUGAAGAAAAAGUCUCAGUUUUUACCUGGUUCCAUACGUGAGGAGAAUGGAAUACGGUGGCAUAUUUGUCCAUACUGCUCUAAAGAAUUUAAGAAACCCAGUGAUCUAGUGCGACACAUUCGUAUCCACACACAUGAAAAGCCAUUCAAAUGUCCACAGUGUUUCCGCGCCUUUGCUGUGAAGAGUACUCUAACAGCACAUAUAAAAACACACACCGGCAUAAAGGCUUUUAAGUGUCAGUACUGUAUGAAGUGCUUUUCUACCUCAGGAAGUUUAAAAGUGCAUAUUCGUUUGCAUACAGGGAUUAGGCCUUUUGCUUGUCCGCACUGUGAUAAAAAAUUCCGAACGUCAGGUCACAGAAAGACACACAUUGCCUCCCAUUUUAAACACACUGAAUUAAGAAAGAUGCGACAUCAACGUAAACCUGCAAAAAUCCGAAUAGGGAAGACCAGUGUUCCAGUACCUGAUAUCCCUUUGCAAGAACCAAUCCUCAUCACAGAUCUAGGUCUUAUCCAGCCAAUCCCAAGAAAUAGUCAAUUCUUCCAGAGUUACUUCAAUAAUAGCUUUGUGAAUGAAGCAGAUAGGCCAUACAAAUGUUAUUACUGUCACAGAGCAUAUAAGAAGUCUUGCCAUCUUAAACAACAUAUCCGGUCACAUACUGGUGAGAAACCUUUCAAAUGUUCCCAGUGUGGAAGGGGCUUUGUGUCUGCUGGAGUACUGAAAGCACAUAUUCGAACCCAUACUGGAUUAAAAGCUUUCAAGUGUCUUAUAUGUAAUGGUGCUUUCACAACAGGUGGGAGUCUGCGGAGGCAUAUGGGUAUCCAUAAUGAUCUUCGACCAUAUAUGUGCCCAUAUUGUCAAAAAACAUUCAAAACCUCAUUAAACUGCAAAAAACACAUGAAAACACAUAGAUAUGAGCUUGCACAGCAGCUGCAGCAGCAUCAGCAAGCUGCGUCAAUUGAUGAUACAACAGUAGAUCAACAAAGCAUUCAUGUUUCUACUCAGAUGCAAGUGGAGAUUGAAAGUGAAGACCUCCAGCAAACAGAAGGUGUCACAACAGAUCAGGAAGCUAUCUUAGAUUUAGACCAACAACAAGUUGUAGACACAGAGGAAACAGGAUUGAGGACACAACUGACUGAUCAGUCACUGGGUCAAGAUGAAGAUAGAUUUGUAACAUCACAACAUGCACUGCAAGAGAAUAUAAAUCAAUUUGAGCAGCAGACAAUAGCACAGCAAUCAUUUGAUCAGCAAGGUUUAUCACAAGGUUUUACUGUCAAUGAUGGGUAUAGCCAGACAAAUCAGUUUUCAGCAGUACAACAACUUCAAGAUUCAAGCACCCUUGAAUCUCAGGCUCUUUCAACAAGUUACCAUCAACCAAAUCUCCUUCAAGUGCCUGCACCAGAUGCUAUUAAUGUAACUACCCGCCUGAUUCAAGAUCAGUCUCAAGAACUUGAGCUGCAUACUCAACGCUCCCAGUUUUUGGAAGAAAAUGAAGAUCAGAGCAAGCGUUCUUACAGGUGUGAGUACUGCAAUAAGGGUUUUAAGAAAUCCAGCCACUUGAAGCAGCACGUCCGUUCACAUACUGGGGAGAAGCCUUAUAAAUGUCAGUUGUGUGGCAGAGGAUUUGUUUCUUCUGGAGUUCUUAAAUCUCACGAGAAGACACAUACAGGAGUUAAAGCUUUCAGCUGCAGUAUUUGCAAUACAUCCUUUACUACUAAUGGAAGCCUUACUAGACAUAUGGCAACCCACAUGAGCAUGAAACCAUAUAAGUGCCCAUUUUGCGAUGAAAGCUUUAGAACCACAGUUCACUGCAAGAAGCACAUGAAAAAACAUCAAACAGUGUCUUCAACAGCAGCAACAGCUGGAGAAUCAGCAGGAGGAGAAGAAGAAGAAGAGACCUCUGAGAGGAAUACUUCUAGAAAAUCUCGGCCAGGUGUCAUAACUUUUACAGAAGAAGAAACAGCUGAACUUGCAAAAAUCAGACCCCAAGAAAGUGCAACUGUCUCUGAAAAGGUUCUUGUCCAAUCUGCUGCAGAAAAGGACAGAAUUAGCGAAAUCAAAGACAAGCAUGCAGAAAUGGAGGCUGAGCCAAAAUAUGCCAACUGUUGUACUUACUGCCCCAAGAGCUUUAAAAAACCUAGUGACUUAGUAAGGCAUGUGCGUAUUCACACAGGAGAAAAACCUUACAAAUGUGAUGAAUGUGGGAAGAGUUUUACUGUAAAGUCUACUCUGGAUUGUCAUGUAAAAACACACACAGGUCAGAAACUCUUCAGUUGCCAUGUAUGUAGCAAUUCAUUUUCUACAAAAGGCAGUCUGAAAGUUCAUAUGCGCCUGCAUACUGGAGCAAAGCCCUUUAAAUGUCCUCACUGUGACUUAAGGUUUCGAACAUCUGGACGCAGGAAGACUCACAUACAGUGUCACUUUAAACCAGAGGCCAAGAAGGCCAGGAAGUCUGUGUCUCGUACUCCAGCUGAGGAACUGCAGCCAGUAAAUCUUCUUAAUUCAUCCUCAACUGAUCCCAAUGUUUUCAUCAUGAAUAACUCUGUUCUAACUGGUCAGUUUGACCAGAAUUUGCUUCAGCAAGGUCUUGUUGGCCAGGCUAUACUUCCUGCUUCUAUGUCAGCUGGAGGGGAUUUAACUGUCUCCUUGACAGAUGGCAGUUUGGCAACCCUUGAAGGAAUACAGUUACAGCUUGCUGCCAACUUGGUUGGACCAAAUGUUCAGAUUUCUGGAAUAGAUCCUGCCAGCAUUAACAACAUUACAUUACAGAUUGAUCCCAGUCUUUUACAGCAGACACUGCAACAGAGUAAUGUACUUACUCAACAGCUCCCUGGAGAUCCCAGUCUGACCUCUCAGAACACUUCACUCCAGACAACUGACAAUUCGGUACCAGCAAAUGUAGUAAUACAGCCUUUGUCAAGUUUGUCUUUACAGCCGACUGUUACUUCUUCAGCUAAUAUGACAAUAGGAUCUAUGUCUGAGCAGGAAUCUGUAUUGCCUACUAGCACUACUGGUUCACAGGAUCUCUCUCAGGUCAUGACUUCACAGGGUAUUGUCUCAACCUCAAAUGGCCAACAUGAGAUUACCCUGACAAUAAAUAAUUCAAGCCUGAGUCAUGUUUUAGCUCAUGCUUCUAGUUCAACAUCCACAAAUUCAUCAGGAUCUCCUCAAGAAAUUACCCUUACCAUAUCUGGCCAAGAUCUCAUUCAACACAGUUCUUCUGGAGGUAAUGAACUUAAUGGUAACCUACGACUUGCAACACCAACUAUCAAUAAUCAGUCUUCAGGUACUACACUGGCAAUAAGUAAUGAUCAACUGCUCUCUCAGAGCCCUGCACUGAACAGUACUUCAGAACUUAGUGCAUCAAGUGGGAAUCUUCCUUCGACACCACCCAUGUCACAGCCAGCUCAGAAUUUAGUAAUGUCAUCACCAGGAAUAGGAGGAGAUGGUAGUGUCACGUUGACCCUGGCUGAUACUCAGAGCAUGCUAUCUGCUGGUCUUGAUGCAGUGACACUUAAUAUCACAUCACAGGGGCAGCAGUUCCCUGCUUUACUCACAGAUUCUAGUCUGUCUGGACAGAGCAGUUCCAGCUCACAGCAAGUUAUACUAGUGAGUCAUGCACCACAUUCAUUACCUGCAAACCAUGAUGACUUGGCAUAUCAGGUGAGUGAAGUUUCUCCAAGUCUUUCUAAAGGCAUUCAGUCUGAAAAAGAGACACGCAUGCAUCAGUGUUUUGAAUGCAGUCAAACAUUUUCUUCAGCUGCCAUGCUAAUGCAGCACAGUAAAGAAGUUCAUGGAAAAGAAAGAAUCCAUGUUUGUCAUAUUUGCAGUAAAGCAUUCAAAAGAGCCACACAUCUUAAGGAGCAUACACAGACACAUCAAGCUGGACCAUCACUAAGUUCUCAGAAACCAAGAGUAUUUAAAUGUGAUACUUGUGAAAAAGCUUUUGCGAAGCCAAGUCAACUGGAAAGACAUAGCCGCAUUCACACAGGAGAACGGCCAUUUCAAUGCACACUGUGCGAGAAAGCUUUUAACCAGAAGAGUGCACUACAAGUUCAUAUGAAAAAACACACAGGAGAAAGACCAUAUAAAUGUGACUACUGUGCAAUGGGCUUUACCCAGAAAAGCAAUAUGAAGCUUCAUAUGAAGCGAGCCCACAGCUAUUCUGGCACAGUACAAGAAUCAACCAGUCAUCAGGGACAGGAAGGUGAAGACAUAAAUCGCACACUGAACCUGGAGGAGGUUGUUCAGGAAUCUUCAAAUGAAUGGCCAAGUAUAGCCAGUAUUUUUUGAUGACUGCUAAGGUGAAAGCUUUAAGUGCUUUCAGGACUAACUUUUUCUUCCUUUACAAAAAUAGUCAUCUGUGGAUUUUUACUGUUGAAACAUAACAUACUAUACAAAACAGUAAGAUAAUAUACCUUUUAAAUGUCACAGAAAUAUCUAAAUGGUCUUUUGUAAACUUGUAAGAAUACUGCAGAGACAUCAGAUAAACUUUGCUAUAGUGUCCACAAUCAGUUAUCUCAGGUACAUUGAACUUGUUCGUCUUUUGAAUUCACCUUAAGUGUAUUCACUUUAAAAACAAACACCAGACCUUAGCAUUAAAGGGUAAUUAGAAUGUAUGCCAUAUAGAAGUUCUGCCAAUCAUGAGGGUAUACUGCUUGCAAAUUAAUUGGGAAAUGAAUUAUUUGCAAAUUUCAUGGAUGAAGUAGGAUGUCACAAUACAGGCUAUAUCUGACAUUUUUCUCCCUGGAUUGUAUCAAGCGCUGGACGUCUGCAUGCAAGACAGUGGAACCAAGGAGAAGGGGAGGGGAAGCAGUCUCCCUUUUCCACUGCAUCCUAGAAAGCAAAACAAAAAACGGCUCUAGGAAGCUGUAAAAUUCUCUAGAAUUUGUUUUUUGGGGGGCUUCCAGGGCUGCAGAAAGGCAGAGAAGAGUAGGAAGUUCCAUGACUAGCAUGAAUGUCAUGCUGGGUUUAGUCCCAUGUGCUUCUAACUAGUAGAACAUGCUCACUCUAUUUAAUGACUAUUGUUUGUUAUUAUUUCUCAAUUGUACAUGUUCUGCUUCAAAUUCAGCAAUACUGCUAAGAAAAAAAUAACCGUGGAGAAUCCUUGAAUUGAACAAGAAAAUGCUUAAUUUUUUUCCAGGUCUUUCAGCUAUAAAACUUUAGCUAGAUAACUGUGAAAAACAUAAAGCCAUAUGUAAAAGGUGGAAGGAAAGAUCCAUAAAACUGUACAUUGGCUUCACCAAAUGAAGUGAACUGCAGCAUAGGUUGCAUUAGCUAAUGCAAGCUAGUCUUUCUUAUAGAUAGCCCCAUAUUAAUAAAAACUUCAUGGGUUUUUCCCAUUCAUUCUGAGAGCUUUUAAAUUUUUAACAACUACCUAGGCUUUUCAGUAUGUUCUGAAAGGUCCCAUUUACUCAAAAAAGCUAUAAUCAUAUCAAAAAACAAACCCCCACACUGGAAUAAAGCAUAGGUUCUGUUUUAGACAUUCCAAAGACAGAAGAAACUUGCUUAAUUUUACUUCGAAUCUUAAAAUUUCUUUAUAUGUUAUAUAUAUGUGUCUAUGUAUAUAUACAGAUAUUUAAGCCCCUAUGUGGCUGAUGAGUAUAUUUUGUAAAUAAUAACAUGAGUUACCAGAAAUGUUCCUAAAGUUUUCAACUUUAGAUGAAUAUUUUGAAAUCAGUAUUGAUUCAUUUUAUUGUAAUGUAGACAUAUUAUAUCUUUCUGGAAAUAAUUCAUUUUUAUUUGCUCUCAGUUCCAGAAAGAUGCUAUCUGUACAUAUAAUUUAUAUUUUGUGUAUUAUAAGACUAGUACUUUCUAUUUCCUAAAGGGGGGGAAAUCACUGCUUUUGAUAUGACAUCUCAUGAUUGUUUUGUUAACUCUGUACAUAUGUAUAUACGUAAUAUAGCUGGUGACUUGAAAAUAACACUUUUGUUAUGUGGAAAUAUUUAAGUCAGACAUGAGUUAAAUAAUAUUAAUUUUUUUCCAAA